AGCAGGGCCCUCAGAAUCCCCCGGCAGAAGGCAUUUCGACCAGGGAAGAGCCUGAAGGGGGCCUCAGCACAGACUUUUACUUCACAAAAUUGCCCCGGAGUUGACCUGGCUGGCGACUUCCACGCUCCGAGAGACGCUUUACCCCGCAAAGUGUGCCUGUGCUUCUGUUCCGCUUGGGUCCAGUAGCGGUCCCCAGGGGGCGUCCUCGCACCCACCAUCGAUACCUGCGCGGGCGGACUGCAGCCUCCGCCCGCUCUGUGGGAAUCAGCACCCAACCCCGCGGCUCGGGGGCGUGGCUCUAGCGGAGGCCCCACCCCGCCGCCCCCAUUGGCUGAGGCUGCCUGGGGCCGGGGUCUGCGCGCCGCAGUCAGAGACCCCGCAGCUCCGCCCCAACGCGGUUACAUGGGGAGCAGGAGAAGACCGGUUGCUUGAGGAGCGAGCUUCUGCGCCUGGGAAGCCCCGUCGGGGGCCAUGGGGGGACAGGUGAGGCUGCCGCCCGGAGAGCCCUGCCGAGAAGGCUAUGUGCUGUCCCUGAGCUGUCCGAAUACCUCCCAGGCUUGGUGUGAGAUCACACGUGUGUCAGAGCUGCUGGCUUCUCCUGUCCUCUACAGGGACCUAAAUUCCAGCAUAACCAACCUGAGUGUUUCUACAAAUACAGAGAACAAAUACAACCUUUAUAUAGGCCUGGUACUGGCAAUAAGUUCCAGUAUUUUUAUUGGCUCCAGUUUCAUCUUGAAAAAAAAGGGCCUUUUGCAACUGGCCAAAAAGGGUGUCACUAGAGCUGGACAAGGUGGACAUUCUUACCUCAAGGAAUGGCUCUGGUGGGCAGGAUUACUCUCAAUGGGAGCAGGAGAGGCUGUGAAUUUUGCAGCUUAUGCUUUUGCUCCUGCCACUCUGGUCACCUCACUGGGCGCUCUGAGUGUUCUUGUCAGUGCAAUAUUGUCUUCCUACUUUUUAAAUGAGCAAUUGAACAUUCAUGGGAAAAUAGGCUGCAUAUUAAGUAUAUUGGGAUCAACUAUGAUGGUUAUCCAUGCCCCACAAGAAGAGAAAGUUGCUACUCUGCACGAAAUGGAAAUGAAAUUGAGAGACCCAGGAUUUAUCUGCUUUGCUGUGAUCAUAACUGUGAUCUCCUUGGUACUAAUUUUGAUUGUGGCGCCCAAGAAAGGACAGACCAAUAUAUUGGUCUACAUAUCAAUCUGUUCAUUGAUUGGAGCAUUUUCAGUUUCCUCUGUCAAGGGCCUGGGAAUUGCCAUUAAGGAACUACUGGAAUGGAAGCCCGUUUAUAAGCAUCCCCUGGUCUUUGUUUUGUUGGCUGUACUUGUGCUUUCGGUGGCAACACAGAUCAACUAUCUCAACAAGGCACUGGACACCUUUAAUACAUCUCUUGUGACUCCCAUUUAUUACGUGUUAUUCACAUCCAUGGUAGUGACUUGCUCCGCCAUCUUAUUCCAAGAAUGGUAUGGCAUGAAUGCUGGAGAUGUCAUCGGGACUUUGAGUGGGUUCUUCACCAUCAUCAAUGGCAUCUUCCUUCUACAUGCUUUUAAAAACAUUGACAUUACCUGGAGUGACCUGACAUCCACUACUCAGAAAGAAGUCCUCUCUGCGAAUGGCAGUGAAGACAAAUAUGUCUUACUAGAGAACACAGACUGUACAGUCCCAGGAUUCGAUGAUGACAUUACCUUGUAUAGCAGGACUGGUCAAAAUCCCUAGAAACGUGGACUUUAACCACCAGGAGACACUUGGAGAGGAGAAGGAAUACCUGAUUCUUGAAAGAAAUAUUAGGAAAACUGGCAUUUUUAAAGUUCUAACUAAUAAUGUACACAUGAGGCCAAAUAAAAAUGCCUGCACUUUUGGCCAUCAAGUUUGAAAAAUCCAAGUUUUGGUCCAGAAGACUUCUGCUGUUUUUCAUUUCUGCAAACUUGAAACACUCCCUAAGCAUGAAAGAAGUCAAAGAAUUAGAUAACUCUCAGGAUAAUCUCUUUCUUCUGGUCACAGUGUGUGUGACCUGCCAGGUGGCUCUUCAUUUCUUUGGCUGCUAUUCUUGGUCUCUCAGUAAUUCACAGGUAAACUCAACUGUGUGCUGAUAAGCAGAAUAUCAGUCAUCACUCUCUAAUGAGUCAUAGUUUCAAAUUAUUAAGACUGAGAAGCGAGAUCACUGAUGCUUCCCCUCGCUCUACAGCUUCCUUCUUUCUAAAGGGAAGAGAGUGUUAAAGAACACACACAUGUUGGAAAUCUGCUCGGUGGUAUGCUAGACUGUGCAAGACACAUGUGCCCAUGAAGGGCUUAUAAGUUGUAAUUUAUUGAUAUAUCAUAGAGGUUUAUUAAUAAUUAAAAUGGGAGAAUGGAAGAGAGAAAUACUUAAUACCUUAGGUAAAUGAAACUAUUUUUUCUUUUCACAAAAACAGAUGCACAUGAUUAUGUUCAUGGGUUCUUUUAAUUCAGACCUGAACAACACAGGACACAAUUGAGUUUCUGAAGAAGUACAAGUGAUUUCGGCUUUGGCGUUCUUUAUAUUCAUUUUGUUCUUUACUUUUAUUAUUAUUAUCCCAAGUGUCAUUUUUCUUUUUAAUGUAGAGACUUUCAAAGAGUAAUUGCUACAUUGUUUUAGCAUUAUAUUGUACACUUCAAUUUUUCUCAAAGGUUUAAUCCCAAAAGGGUGGGUUUUCCACAAACUAGAAACAAAUAGAAAAAUCUUUAUGAAAGACCUGAAUGAGUUAUCAUAAUUGUCCUCUUGAAAUCUGGCACUUUCACCUUUAUUAAGGAAAUUAUAAUUGGUUACUAACCUUUUAAAAAAUAUACAUAUCCUACCACAGUAAGUGGUAGAUUGUCUUUUUCUGUUGAAUUUCAUCCUGGCCAUACUUUCCAUCCAUUUUAUUGUAAUUAUCUGGGGAGAAUAGGAAGGUGGGUUAACUUCUUAGAAAACAAAAUACUAAGACCUCGGGGUAAAAUACUAAGACCUUAGUACAGGGAAAUAUAUUUUCAUAUUAAAGCCUGCAUAAAAUUUUCCUAUCUCACUCCAAGUGCAUGGGAGAAGUAACAAUUUUGGUGGUCUUUACUGUUUAUGGGUAGAUUACUCAUCACUCAUUGAUUUAAUAGAAAAGAAAUUAGCUAUAUUAUUUCUAGACCAAAGUUAUUUCUCUCAAAAAAAUCCUAACCCCAAAAUUAUGACAUGAAAAAAAAAACAAAAAACCCUUCAGUUUGACUGGAUUUUUCUUCUCUAACGUCAAAUGUUAUUUUGUUUGUAAUCUAGCUCAAGUCUAUCCUGGGUAAUAGUAGUAGAUUCUUUUCUUCAGAAUUCCAUUAAAGUGACUUGAGCAUU